CCAGUGAUUCUGGCCAUGAAAGCCUUCGACAACACAUUGCCUCCAUUCUGUCUGCACCUGAUGAAUCAGCAGGAAGGGAAAGCUGCCCGGGUGCCCUUCUUAUUUCUGCCGCUGGGUGUCGCUGCCGGGAAAGGGCCGCAAGGGCGGGGCGCGCUCUGCUGGGCGUUAGGCGGCCGGGCUCUGUGCUGCUUUGCAUUCCCUCCCUCCCUUGCUUCCUUCCUCCAAGCUCACUCCAUGGCCGGCGAAGAAGGAGGCAGCUCGGGCUCGUCCCCCGCCGCCGAGCCCAGUCCCGGAGCCGCGGGGGGCGCGGCGGGGGGAGAAGGCGGCGGCGGAGGCAGCAGCGGCUAUGAUGGCAAGUGCGUCUUCUGCCGGAUCAGCCACGGGGAGGAGGGCGGCACCGAGCUGCUCCCCUGCGAGCAUGAAGACUUGGUGUGCUUUAGAGACAUCAGACCUGGAGCUCCACACCAUUAUUUAGUGGUGCCAAAAAACCACAUAGGAAAUUGCAAAACAUUAAAGAGUGAACAUAUACCAUUAGUGGAAAGAAUGAUGGCAGCUGGAAAGGCUAUCCUUCAACGGAACAAAUUUACUGACUUGAAUGAUAUAAGGAUGGGUUUUCAUUGGCCUCCAUUCUGCUCAAUAGCCCACUUGCAUCUUCAUGUGCUGGCUCCAGCUAGUCAGUUGGGAUUCUUGUCUCGUAUGAUAUACAGAAUCAAUUCCUACUGGUUUAUCACAGCUGAGCAACUGAUGGAACGGCUGACUUCUGAGAGUGCUACAAGUUGAAAAAAGCUUGCCCUAGGAUCAGACAUGUUUGUGAUUAAUGAAUAGUACAGGAUUGGAUAUAAUUGGUGUCAAGGCAAACUUUUUGAAAGCGAGUACUGAAUUUGCUGCUAGACAGUGGUUGAACUCAUUGUUAACUCAAUUCCAUAUACUAAAUUUCUCAGGCAAAUAUUUGAAUGCAAGAACUUAGCACUUUCCAGAGCUUCCAGAUCAAAAAGUGAAAAGUACCUAUUUUCUUUCAAAAGCAGGUAUUAAUACAUCUUGUAAAUAAUGGUAUUAAGGUUUCAUAUCUGAGUCGGGGUGUCUAAAUUACGCAAGGUUUUGUGCCUCUUAUAUUCUUUGGCAUUACAAAGCUGAGGCAGUUGUGAUGUCUUGGUGCUAAAUCCGUUACCACUCAAAUGUAUUUAGCUGUACAACACAGCAAGUGCAGUUAACAACAAACCAUUGUGCCCACAAUAUGACUUAAAUCUGUUCUUCUAAUCUGAGACAUUACAUUGCUUGUCAGUGUAGAUCAGAACUGUUUGUGAAUGUGAACUGUGUAAGUAAAGUUGCUUAUUAAAUGCAUGUACUUAAGACUACAUAUGUGAAUUGAAGUAAAUAGAUAGUUUUGGGGUGGAUAGCCUUUAAAGAUAGAUGAACAGUUUACAAAAUGC